UUUGAAAGAAAUGGCUAAAUUCUUUGGAGCCACAAAGCCAAACAGAAACAGUCCCUUUCCUAGAGGGUUUCUCACUCUUCUUGUGAAUCUGCGAUAGCAUGUACUUCUAUAGUCUCUAUUUUCAGCUGCUUCACUUCCAAUAUUCGUUCACACCCAACCACAUGGAACAUAAGCUUCCUCAUCUUUCUUCCCCUCCACAGCUUCAACCAAACUAUCUGCCUACUUCACUAUUCGAGUACCUUUUACAGGCACUGACUGUGGUCGAGGAGCAUUAAUAAAAAUGUUGCCACUCGCAGUUUCAGCACAUGGGUCCUCCAUAUGCCGACCCACAACCAUACCAAGAUCACCUACUCGACGACACUUGAGGCAUUCAAGCUGUUUUCUUGUCCGACAGAGAACUUUGACCGGCUAUAGUGAUAAACUAGUUGCCCAUAUAUUUAGACCUCAAACUUUCAGACCAUUCAGGAUCAGAAGUCAGGCAGAUGCAGAAAAUUAUGAAUCUACAAUUUCAGAGGACAUUGCGGAUCGACAAGAUAUAAUUGUUAAUGAGGUGCUUGGAAAUGGGAAAAAUACUCGUCCCAGUGCAGGAGUUUCGUUUCUUGCUAAAAUUGCAAUUGCUUUGGGCCUAGCAGCAACUGCCACAGUUAUAUGUGCUGGCAUCAAGGAGCCUGCACUAGGAUCAUCACAUGGAUUUCAGUUUUUUGCUGAAGGUUCUUCGUCUUCCGCGAUGGCUUUACCUGCUGGCUUCACUUUCAAAGCUUUUGGAUACAGAGUGGUUCUUCCAGAAUAUGCUCCAGGGUGGAUUUACUUUUGGUUACUUAUGGCUGCUGGCUGUGGACUUUUCAUUAGUGAAGAGGCUUUAAAUAUUUGGGUUGGCAUAUCUAUAGCACGGAUGCUAACUUUGGAUGGGACAUGGCAGUCUUUUGCUGAAUCUUUUUCCAGGAAUGCUCCAUAUAUAAUAUCAACAAUUCUUUGGGUGUACUGGGGAGUAUGCAUCAGUGACCUGAUUCCAUUUUAUCUUGGGAAGCUUUUCACAAGAUCUGGGGCUUCUGCUGAUGUUUGUUCAAAGCUAGGGAUUGGCAAAGAGAGAGCUCAGAGCAUAAGUCGUGCAGUGCAAAAAUAUGGCAAUCUCAGUGGUUUAGUUGAACGGCUCUCUGUUGGUGCAAGAAAUCCUACAGGUUUUCUAGCAGGGGCAAUGGGUGUCAGUGCAGAAUGUUUCUUUGCCGGAGUUUGUGCUGGUGGCUUGAUCACUCUUCCCAUUCAGUUCGGGAUCGGAUUUCUGUUGAGGCAGCGGCCAUUGUUUGCCCUUGCUACUGUUGCAACAGCUGUGGGAAUUUGGACUGUUUUUCCUUAUGCUGUGGCUGCUUCAACUGCGUUAUACCUUUUCCUGCGGCGUUGGUACUCCACCUGGUCAGAAUCUUCUGAUUUACAAGUUUGACCAAAAAGAAAAAAAGAAAAAAGAAAAAAGGAUAUACAAUAUCAUAGCAGAAUAGAGUUAUUUUUUGGAUGGUUAUGCAAGCAUUUGUUGAAUUAGCCUCCAUUGCCUUCUCUGGGUUAUAUUCUACAAAGAGAAGUGGUAAGAUAAAGAAGAAAAGAAAACACUACUAGUUGUCAUCUCAUUAGGGGAAAUUUAGUCAGUAUUUUAUCUAUUGAUUUCACCCCAAUAUUUAGCUUUUUGUGUAGAACUUUUUGGAGAAACAAAGGAACAGUUGCGUUUGAGCU